AAGGCCUCGGCGCGCUCCAUUGAGAAAAAGCCUCGCGAGGCCUCGGCCGGCCUCGCAAAUGUGACUACGGUCAGCAAGUCGCAUAUUUUACGACAACAAAUCACGCAUUUUUCGAGAGUUUUCUCGAUUUUUCCAUCGAUCUGUGGCGACAUGAACAUUUCGAACGCCAGUGAUGACACAAUUCAGAUGCCUCAAUGGUUCAUUGAUCCCAACAAAACCGAUUGUGAAAUAGUGAUAAAGAACAAAAGGGAAGGAUUCGGCGGUUUUUAUAAAAAAUGCACUGAUAAACAUGCGAGUGGUUUUUGUUUACAUGAGUUACAAUUGAGAUAUGAUCGGCAUCAGAUUCCGAUUGAUAUCGUGAACGAUGCUCAGAAGCUUCUGGACGAUUUGGGAAAAAGUUUUGAGGAAAUGAGAUAUCAGGCGCCACCACAAAGCCAACCACCUGCACGUCAUCUCACUUUCCUUCAACGUACUCUGGGCGGAUCAAGCGCCCCAAAAAGCAGUUCGCUUCAUCAAGAACAGCAGCAAUACGAGAGAGACACCAGAAGUAUACCUGCAUCGAAAUUUUGGCCUCUGGCAAAAAGCUCCUAUCCAAUUUUGCACGAAAUCGCCCGAAAAGUUCAUGCGAUUCAAGCUUCGGAAGCAGAUGUAGAAAGAUCUUUUUCAAUCAUAAAAAACUUGUACACACCAAAUCGUCAGAGCCUGGACUUAAAAAUGCUGGAAAAGUUGAUGAUUCUCAAAGAAAAAGAUCGAUUCGACACAGGCGAGACUUGA